UUUUGAUGCUGAUCUUUAUUAUUCGCUGAAAUCAAAGUACAAUUCAGCGAGACAAGAUGAAGUGGACUACACUCCUCGCCCUAGCGCUCGCUGCACCUAGCAGAGCAUUAGUCCGAUUCCAUUGCUCGCAGCUAGUUACUCAAAGACUUGACCCUUUGAUUAGCCCGGGUUUGAUUCCAUCUACCCACGUCCAUCAAAUCGUCGGCGGUGACUCCUUUAAUGCUUCUAUGGAUCUCAAAAAGGAUAUGCCAGGCGAAUCAACCUGCACUAGUUGCCAGUUCAGUGAUGACUUCUCUAACUACUGGACUGCGGUCCUCUAUUUUCGCGCACAGAACGGUAGUUACAAGCGCGUUCCUCAACUCGGCAAUAAUCAAUUCAGAAAUGCCAACGGUGGCUUGACGGUCUACUAUAUGCAGGAUGCCAUUUACACCCCGGAACAGAAGUCGAAGGUCACGUCCUUCCAGCCGGGUUUCCGAAUGUUUAUUGGAAAUGUUCUUGCCAGGACAUUAGAAGAAGCUUCCCGCUUCCGUCAAUUAACCUACACCUGCUUAGACACCUUUGUCACUCGCUCCCCAGAGACUAUUAGUUUUCCCAACCGCCGUUGCAAAGAGGGUAUCAUGACCUCUCUCCGCUUUCCAACCUGUUGGGACGGCAAGAACCUUGAUAGCCCUGACCAUAUGGCUCAUAUGAGCUAUCCUGAGACCGGAACCUUCGAGAGUGGUGGACCCUGCCCAUCAACGCAUCCAGUACGUACCGCCCAAGUUAUGUUCGAGGUUGUCUGGGACACAAAGCCAUUUAACAACCUUGACUGGCCUAAGGAUGGAAGCAAUCCCUUCGUCUGGUCGUUCGGUGAUGCGACUGGUUAUGCCAACCACGCUGAUUACGUUUUUGGUUGGAAGGACAAUUCCUUGCAGAAAAUCCUGGAUACUCCUUGCCAUUUCACCACCAACUGCUCCGAGUCCGGUGCCAAGAUGCAAUCAAUUGACGCUAUGAACAAGUGUACAAAAAAACCGGUAGUUAACGAGGAUAUUGAUGGAUGGCUCCCAACUCUCCCCGGAGGAUUCCACGCUCAAUACUCUCGCGCUUAA